AUGUCUACCACAGAACAGCGUGAAUCCGGCCCCGGCCCAGCUGAAGAGAAUCUUACGGAGAACUUCAGUCGCGUCAGUGUAAACGACCAGGGAGAAGCUGAGGCUCCUCCAAAGACUGAUGAGGAAUAUGCUCAGUCAAUGCUGACUCUACGCGCCAUCGUCUCCUCCAAGGAAGCCGGUGUUAUUAUUGGGAAAGCGGGGAAGAAUGUUGCUGACUUGCGUGAUGAGACCGGUGUAAAGGCUGGUGUCAGCAAGGUUGUGCAAGGAGUACAUGAUCGUGUUCUCACAGUCACUGGCCCUCUUCAGGGCACCUCGAAGGCAUACUCUAUCGUUGCAAAGAGCCUACUAGAAGGUGCUCCCCAGAUGGGGAUGGGUGGAGUGGUCCAAAAUAAUGGCACGCACUCUGUCCGACUCCUCAUCUCGCAUAAUCAGAUGGGCACCAUCAUUGGACGACAGGGGUUGAAGAUCAAAUAUAUUCAAGAUGCCUCCGGAGUCCGCAUGGUUGCCCAAAAGGAAAUGCUACCUCAGUCCACCGAGCGAAUUGUCGAAGUCCAAGGAACCCCAGAAGGAAUCGAAAAGGCCAUCUGGGAGAUUGGAAAGUGCCUUAUCGAUGACUGGCAACGCGGCACAGGUACCGUUCUCUACAACCCAGCCGUUCGGGCUUCCGUCGGCUCCGGGCCUGGCCAAGCCUCUGCUGCUGGAUCCAACCCUAGCUAUGGUGGGAACAGCCGAUCGUACAACCGCACCGGAAACGGCGCCGACUUCAGUGACCACCCAGGCAGCUAUGGUAGACGUGGAAACAACGACAACCCAAACCGCGGCAUUCCACUCGUAACGGAAGAUGGCGAGGAGGUUCAGACUCAAAAUAUCAGCAUUCCUUCUGACAUGGUUGGCUGCAUCAUCGGCCGUGGCGGUACCAAGAUCAGUGAGAUCCGUCGAAGCUCUGGAGCACGAAUUUCCAUCGCUAAGGCUCCCCAUGAUGACACUGGAGAGCGCAUGUUCACGAUCAUGGGCAGUGCCCAGGCUAACGAAAAGGCCCUUUACCUUCUUUACGAAAACCUCGAAGCCGAGAAGAUGCGCCGCAGCCAGCAACAACCAGAGUAA